CUAGUACUAAUCUUUGCGACUUCGUUCACCAUGGUCGACGCCUCGGACGCCGGUCCUUCGACCUCAUAUACAGCCUUUAGAAAGACCGAGAAACACUUCAAGAAUCGGUCUUCGCAAUCUCGAUUACCUACGCUUUACGCUUGUGAGGCAUCUCGAGCUGCACUGGACGUUUCGCGACCGGACAGGCAGGAGGACGAUCCCGUGUGGCAGGCGAGUUGGUGGGGUGCUGAGCAACAGAAUGUGAGAAGGCGAUUUCAACGGGAUAAAGGCAAGAGGCCAGAGCUUUCAGAAGUGCCGAGGGAGGUGAGAUGUGGAUCGAAGACGGGCUACGUGGUAUCUGAGGGUUGUAUCCUCUUACCUGGAUAUCUAGACAAUGAGGCUCAGCUCGACCUGCUGGAAGCCGCUCUCUCACAAUACACACUUCCUCCAAAUCCGUUGAGUAUAUCGACGCAUUACGACCUGCCACCAAACCUCUUUGAAAUGUAUGCCAAUGAGUCUAAAGAACUCAUCCCAACCCUUGCACCCUGCGCGGAAACUCCUGAAUCGACAGGUAAAGAAAAGCCUGCGGAGAGGUGGAUAGGCAGGAAGACGGUCGAUACACCCGCAGGCCAUGUAGUUGGAUAUGAAGAGAUAUUGUCGAAAAAUCGACAGUGGACAGCGGAUCCGCCUAGCGAAAAGCUCGGGAGCAAGACCGCCGGGGAACUCAUGAAGGAAAUGAGGUGGGCUAAUCUUGGUUGGGUAUAUCAGUGGUCUGUCAAGUCAUACGACUUUCGCCCUGAUAGUCCCAUUACAUUUCCGCCGAAUCUCUCCACGUUGUGCGUCGAGGUCGUAAAGAGCGUUCCAUGGGAUCAUGUCCUUAGCGCAGACUCAAACGUCGGCCACAAGGCCUGGGUCAACGAUUAUGUCCCCGAUACCGGUAUCGUAAACUUUUAUCAGACGAAUGACACCUUGAUGGCACAUGUUGAUCGAGCAGAACUUGACCCAUCAAGACCUCUAGUUUCUGUCUCGCUCGGUCACGCUUGUGUCUUUCUCCUCGGCACUUCGUCUAGGGAUGACCAGCCUUUACCUAUCAUUCUUCGAUCUGGCGAUGUCCUCGUCAUGUCAGGGACGGGCAGGCAGAACUAUCAUGGGGUUCCACGAAUCAUGGAAGGCACGCUGCCCAGUCAUUUUGAGCCGUCCGAGAAAGACUCUGUCGCUUUAUCCGCGGCGAAACGGUGGAUUCACGGUGGAAGGAUCAACAUCAAUGCAAGGCAGGUCUUCCCACCGGGAUUCAAGCGUGUGUAGCGGAAGGUCGUUAUGCAUGACGCGCGAGUGAGCUGCU